GGGGUGAGCCUUAGCGCCGUGGACUAGGUGGCUGCGCGGGGCAGGGCGGGCGGAAAGAGGAAGAAGGAGCUGGUGGUGCACGAUGGCGGCGACUACCUACGAGCGGCUGAAGCUGCACAUCACCCCUGAAAAGUUCUAUGUGGAAGCCUGUGAUGACGGAGCGGACGAUGUACUUGUCAUCGAUCGCGUGUCCACAGAAGUCACCCUGUCAGUCAAGAAAGAUAUUCCUCCUUCGGCUGUCACAAGACCGAUAUUUGGUAUCCUGGGCACAAUCCAUCUGGUGGCAGGUAAUUAUCUAAUCGUCAUUACCAAAAAGACAAAAAUAGGUGAAUUUUUCAAUCAUGUAAUCUGGAAAGCAACAGAUUUUGACAUCCUUUCUUAUAAGAAGACAAUGUUGCACUUAACUGAUAUUCAGUUACAGGAUAAUAAGACUUUCCUAGCGAUGAUCAACCACGUCCUGAACGUGGAUGGGUUUUACUUCUCAACGACAUACGAUCUGACCCACACCUUGCAGCGGCUGUCCAACACGAGCCCAGAAUUCCAAGAGAUGAGUCUCUUGGAAAGGGCAGAUCAGCGGUUUGUGUGGAACGGUCAUCUUCUAAGAGAACUUUCUGCGCAGCCAGAGGUCCACCGGUUUGCUCUUCCAGUGUUGCAUGGCUUUAUUACCAUGCGCUCGUGUUCUAUCAACGGAAAACCCUUCGACUGGAUUCUCAUCUCGAGGAGGAGUUGUUUCCGAGCCGGCGUGCGCUACUAUGUGAGAGGAAUUGACUCGGAAGGCCACGCAGCCAACUUCGUAGAAACAGAGCAAAUCGUGCACUACAACGGGAGCAGGGCUUCGUUCGUGCAGACUCGAGGAUCAAUACCACUUUUCUGGUCUCAAAGACCAAACCUCAAGUACAAGCCGCUGCCACUGAUCAACAAAGUAGCAAAUCAUAUGGAUGGUUUCCAAAGGCAUUUUGAUUCACAAGUCAUUAUUUACGGAAAACAAGUCAUCAUCAAUCUGGUUAACCAGAAGGGCUCAGAGAAACCGCUAGAACAGGCAUUUGCAACAAUGGUGUCUUCCUUGGCCAGCGGAAUGAUCAGAUACGUUGCCUUCGACUUCCAUAAGGAGUGUAAGAACAUGAGAUGGGACCGGCUGAGUAUCCUGAUGGACCAGGUAGCAGACAUGCAGGACGAGCUGAGUUAUUUUCUAGUGGACUCCGCCGGCGUGGUGGUGGCGAGCCAGGAGGGCGUGUUCCGCAGCAACUGCAUGGACUGUCUGGACAGGACCAACGUGAUCCAGAGCCUGCUGGCCCGCCGCUCGCUGCAGGCCCAGCUCCAGAGACUGGGAGUUCUGCAUGUGGGACAGAAGCUUGAAGAACAACACGAUUUUGAGAAGAUUUACAAAAACGCCUGGGCUGACAAUGCAAAUGCGUGUGCCAAGCAGUACGCGGGCACUGGCGCCCUGAAGACGGACUUCACCAGAACCGGGAAGAGAACUCAGCUAGGGCUGGUCAUGGACGGCUGGAACUCGCUGAUUCGCUAUUACAAGAACAACUUCUCCGACGGGUUCAGGCAGGAUUCCAUAGACUUAUUUCUUGGGAACUACUCAGUGGAUGAAUUAGAAUCUCAUAGUCCUUUAAGUGUUCCACGGGACUUGAAAUUCCUGGCUCUGCCUAUCAUCAUGGUUGUGGCCUUCUCCAUGUGCAUCAUCUGUUUGCUGAUGGCUGACUGUACACCCACACUUCCCGGCAGAAGCGCAGGGCUCGGCCUGGACAAACGGACCGUUCCUCUGGGGAACGCCCCAAGUUGGGCUUGGGAGGAACUGCCUUACUCCUUGGUCCCAGAAGAAUGUUAAAACUCAGAGGUGUGAAAAGUAGCAGUUAUAUCAAUUUGUAUGUGUUCUUGAGUGAAAGGAGACUGUGGCUGAGGACGGCCCCUCGCAGCAGUUCAUUGCUGUAAAUUCGUGAGCAUGCGCCGUCUGGGUUGGACGGCGUCUGGUUUGGAGCCCACACUUUGGUUUUUCAGAGAAUGGGGAGUGGCGCAGCAUGACCUCUGCCAGCCUCCUAGGAGCCUGCGUUUCCUCCCAGGCGCCCUCUCUCCCUGUCUCUUGGUCUCCGCAUGUGUCUCCCCACCCGAGGGUGCGUCCACGGCCCCGCAGGCGCGUCUCCCCAAAUCCGCAGGUGUGGCCAGUCCUCGAUCUUUUCCCACUGCUGCCCAGCUUCGUGAGCCUGAGACGUUUGCAAACGAUGCGUAUCAGAAUUAUGUGAAAUGCGUCCUUAAAAUAGGUUACCAAGUUUUGCUUUAUACGCUUUGAUACGGAACUUUUCUGAAGCAUGUUUGUUUUGUGAAGUUACUUUUUUGUGCAGGUGUUUUGAUUGUAGCAAAUGUAUUAGAAAUGGCU